GGAAGGCUUCGGAAAGAAAGAGAUAGAAGGCAUCAUUAAUAUAAUAAAUAUAUUAUCCUGCUGUAAAAAAUAUGUACCUUUUUUCCUUUCUAGGCAAAUUUAAUGUUCGAGAAAUGUCCCUUUUUUUGCGUUCAAGAUCUAACAUUACUUUUCACAUUUCCAGAAAGCUUGAUAUUUUACUAACUAAUGACCAACAAGUCUUCUGUUAUAUUUAUACAUAUGCGAACCAUUUUACUAUCUUUCAUGUCUUUAUUGUCGAAUGGCAUAGAUAUUAAAGUAAUCAAAAUAAUAUCGCAGUUAUGUUUUACAUGUUUAAAUAUAUAAUAUUUAUAAAAUAAGGACACA